GAAGGAAGAAGAGGGGGAAGGAGGGACAAGAGAAAGAAGGAAUGAAGGGAAGAGAAGAGAAGGGGUGUGUUUUGGGUGUAUACUGUUGGUGUCGCAGCUUCUAUGUAUGUGAGAAAGACUAGGAUGUAUCCAGACAUGUAGCUAUGUGAUCGCUGUGCCCUUGUUUGUGAGUGCUAGGUGUGAUGUUGUGUAACAGCGCGAUCAUGUGACAGUUACUAGUGGCACUGCCUGUGGGGGAGGGCGAAUCCUUCUAAUUUUGAGGGAGAAGGAGAGAAACGAGGACUGGGGAGAAAAAAGAGAAGGAAGAAAAGAGACAAGGGAUGAGGACGUUGUGCUGAAUGUGUAGCCGCCUGUGUGCCUAGACCCCAUGGUAAAAUGCCUCCCAGCUGCCUUUGUCCGGAUGUCCAGGCUUUAGAGCCCGGCCAGGUGUAGAGUUCCGAGUACAAGGUUCCCGGGGGCUCUGGGGUCCGGCUCUGACACUCAAUCCCUGCGUGCCCUCGGGCCGGCUGACCCCCUCAGGGCUUCAGUUUCUGCGGCAUUUUCGAGGUCCUUCCCCUCCCACUGUCUCUCCGCUGCUGCUCUUCGGUCCACCAGCUGGGGCUCCUGUAGAGGAGGGGCCCAGCGAAGACCAUCGGGGGCGUGGCCCCGACCAUUCAAUCGUGUGCGCAGGGUGGGGCCCAGUGUUCUGGGGGCGUGGUUUUCCUUCGAAGUUGAAGACUCGCCUUUGGAGCCCGAGCUGGGCAGCUAGAAGCGCGCCUCGGGCUGACGAUGCUGACCGCAGAUCCAGGCCCGCAGGCUGGCUCCUGGAGCGAGUUCAUCCCUUACGUCUUGGGCCUUAGCGCCGCCUUCUACCUGGGCUACUACUGGGCAUGUGUGCCCCAGAAGCCUCGGCUGGUGGCUGGGCCCCAGUUCCGGGCCUUCCUGAUGCAGCACUGCCCUAUUAUUACGGAAACAUUCUACCCCACGCCCUGGUGUUUCGAAGGGAGGCUUCAAACUGUCCUCCGAGUCUUUGUGCAGUCCCGGCCCCCUGUCUCCUACCAGAGUGAGGUGCUCCAGACACCUGAUGGGGGACAGCUGCUGCUAGACUGGGCCAAAGAAUCUGAGAAUAGCCAAUACCCUGACCUCAUCAAGCGGCCCACUGUGUUACUGCUCCCAGGCAUCACAGGCAGCAGCCAGGAGACUUAUAUCCUUCACCUAGCAUACCAGGCCACUCUAGAUGGCUACAGGGCCGUUGUGUUUAAUAACCGGGGCUGCCGUGGGGAAGAACUGCUGACCCACAGGGCCUUUUGCGCUGGUAACACAGAGGACCUGGAGAUAGUUGUGAAUCACAUAAAGCACCAGUAUCCACAGUCCCCACUGCUGGCUGUAGGAAUCUCAAUAGGAGGGGUCCUAGUGCUGAACCACCUGGCACAGACAGGUAAUGAAGCAGGGCUGGUGGCAGCACUGACCCUGUCUCCAUGCUGGGACUCCUUUGAAACCACCCGCUCUCUGGAGACACCACUCAAUGCACUUCUCUUCAACCAGCACCUCACGGCCACACUCUGCCGAUUUGUGGGACGACAUAGGAAGGUGAUCGAGAAGAAACUGGAUGUGGACUAUGUGCUUAAGGCCCGUACAAUCCGCCAGUUUGACGAGCGCUACACCACACUGGCCUUUGGCUAUAAAGACUGCGACACCUACUACCAUUCAGCAAGCCCUGGAGGCAAGGUGGAUGCAAUUUGUGUCCCAGUGCUCUGUCUCAAUGCAGCAGAUGACCCAUUUUCCCCACCUCAAGGUGAGUCUCUCCAUCCUCAGCAUUGAGAAAGGUAGCAUGGUGUAGGGGAUAAAGUGCUGAAGAGUCAGAAAAACCUGGAUUAAAACCUCAUCUCAGAUACUUCUUUACAGUGUGACCCUGGACAGGCCACAACCUCUCGGAAGUUCAUUCUUCAUCUGUAAAAUGGGAAUAACAAUAGCACCUAUAUCUCACAGGAUUGUUGUGAGGCUCAAAUGAGGUUGGCAAGGUGAUCUGCAGACUUUAUAGUGUGAUGUUAGCUAUUAUUCUUCAAAUCCUACGGAAAACUGGCCCUAGGGCCCAGCUUAGGGGGCAGGGGUAAAGAGCCUCCAUAAAGUCUUUGGCUCCUGACUUAGCUCUCCCUUCCCUCUCCUCCUCCCUCCACCCCCCAGCUUUCCCA